AGUGCCUUCCAAUUUACAGGCUGGAGCAGCAGCUGCAUCCUGCAUUUCCCUCAAGUGUUACAUGACUUCCACUCCUUCCAAACUUCAUCAUCUGUUUUUUUGCAGACAGUCGGAAACCAAUAUGCAAAGCACACGUACAAUCACAGGUCUCCAGUUUCUCUUGUGGAUUCUUUUGCUCUGUCUGCUCAUCAAAAAUUCCCACACUGAAGAAGAUGUAAUAAUUACAACCAAGACAGGAAAAGUCAGAGGGAUGAACUUGUCGGUUCUUGGUGGCACAGUAACAGCCUUUCUUGGAAUUCCCUAUGCACAGCCACCACUUGGUCGACUUCGAUUCAAAAAGCCACAACCCAUGACCAAGUGGUCCGAAGUUUGGAAUGCUACACAAUUUGCAAAUUCAUGCUAUCAGAACAUAGAUCAAAGUUUCCCAGGCUUCCGUGGAUCAGAAAUGUGGAAUCCAAACACAAACCUUAGUGAAGACUGCUUAUACCUGAAUGUUUGGACUCCUGCACCUCAACCAAAAAACGCCACUGUAAUGAUAUGGAUCUAUGGUGGUGGCUUUCAAACUGGAACAUCUUCUUUACCUGUUUAUGAUGGCAAGUUUCUGGCUCGGGUUGAAAGAGUUAUUGUAGUUUCAAUGAAUUACAGAGUGGGUGUUCUAGGAUUCUUAGCCUUACCAGGCAAUCCUGAGGCUUCAGGGAACAUGGGCUUAUUUGAUCAACAGAUGGCCCUUCAGUGGGUCCAGAAAAAUAUAGCAGUUUUUGGUGGGAAUCCUAAAAGCAUAACUCUCUUUGGAGAAAGUGCUGGAGCAGCUUCAGUUAGUCUUCAUUUGCUUUCUACUAAAAGCCACUCUCUGUUUACGAGAGCCAUUCUACAAAGUGGAUCCUCUAAUGCCCCUUGGGCUGUAAUGUCUCCCUAUGAAGCUAGGAAUAGAACAUUGACCCUAGCUAAAUUUAUUGGUUGUUCUAGAGAGAAUGAGACUGAGACAUUAAAAUGCCUUCAAAAAAAAGAUCCCCAGGAAAUUCUUCUGAAUGAAGUAUUAGUUCUUCCUUAUGAUACUCUCUUGUCAGUAAACUUCGGUCCAACUGUGGAUGGUGAUUUUCUUACUGAAAUGCCACACACACUUCUACAACUUGGACAAUUCAAAAAAACCCAGAUAUUGGUGGGUGUUAAUAAAGAUGAAGGGACAGCUUUUCUAGUAUAUGGUGCUCCUGGUUUCAGCAAAGAUAACAAUAGCAUCAUAACUAGAAGGGAAUUUCAAGAAGGUUUAAAAAUAUUUUUCCCAGGAGUGAGUGAAUUUGGAAAAGAAUCAAUCCUCUUCCACUAUGCUGACUGGGUAGAUGAUCAUAGACCCGAAAAUUACCGAGAGGCCUUGGAUGAUGUUGUUGGGGACUACAACAUCAUAUGCCCUGCCUUGGAGUUUACCAAGAAGUUCUCAGACUUGGGAAACAAUGCCUUUUUCUACUAUUUUGAACACCGGUCCUCCAAAAUUCCUUGGCCAGAAUGGAUGGGAGUGAUGCAUGGCUAUGAAAUUGAAUUUGUCUUUGGUUUACCUCUGGAAAGAAGAGUUAAUUACACAAGAGCUGAGGAAAUUUUGAGUAGAUCUAUAAUGAAAUGCUGGGCAAAUUUUGCCAAAUAUGGACAUCCAAAUGGGACCCAGAGCAAUAGCACAGGAUGGCCAGUCUUCAAAAGUACUGAACAAAAAUACCUAUCCUUGAACACAGAGUCACCAAGAAUACACAUGAAACCACGUACUCAACAGUGCCGAUUCUGGAAGUUAUUUUUUCCCAAAGUCUUGGAAAUGACAGGAAAUAUUGAUGAAGCAGAGCAAGAGUGGAGAGCAGGAUUCCAUCGCUGGAACAAUUACAUGAGGGACUGGAAAGAUCAAUUUAACGAUUACACUAGCAAGAAAGAGAGCUGUAUGGUCUCUAAUUAAUAGAUUUACCCUUUAUAGAUGUUCAUUUUCCUUUAAAUGAAGGCAAAAUAUCAGUAGCUCUCUCCACACCUCCUAGGAAAGCUAUUAUGUAGCUGAAACAAAAAUGCCAGCAGGAAAAUAUCGAUCUCUCACAUCUUUCACUUAGCAUUUUACCUAGCAUUUCAAAACUCAAAUAGCUAGAACAUGUUUAAUUAAAUUUCACAAUAGAAAGUCAGACAAUUAAUUAUAUGCAUAUUAA